CGAUAAUUUUCAUGUUCUAAAGUGGGUUAGUCGGAAUCGGUCGCUUGUUAGAUAACUUUUUUUUAAAUAAUUUAUUCUUACUUACUUUAGAAAACUGAAAAAUAACAAUGAAGUCAUUUGCAACUUCUGUUACUGCUUAUUUUACAGAUCCCAAAUACCCUUCCAUGGGAUUAGCCAUUGUGUAUUUAAGGAUAAUCGGGCUGUGGCAACUCAAAAGAGUUAAUUACAUCGUACCAAUUUGUCUUUACGUCGCAUUCGGCAGCCAGAUCGUUUAUAUAUUUUUCUCUAAUCGCCCCAUUCAUUAUUUCGUGAACAUGUUUCAAACGGGAUUUUUCCACUUGGGCCUUGCUAAGAUAGCACUUUACUAUUAUAAUUAUCCAAAGUGGAUGGAGACUUUCGACUGGCUAUCGGAGAAAGAGCUCGAGCAACAACACGAUGCACAUUUAAAGACGGUGGUUGACAAAUAUACUAAGUAUGGCAACAAUAUCUCAUGGAUUUAUCUCGUUGUGUCCUACAUGACAUGGGUGAUAAAUUACGGGGAAAAUUUGUUGAUGGUCAUUGUACAAAUGGAGACAUUACACGAAAUAGAUCCGACUUACAUAUCGUUUUUUUGGCUCUGGCCCACAGAACCUUUGAGGGGAAGGUGGAAUGUUUACCCGUACAUAAUACUGCAGUUUUUCUAUGCAUUCCUCACAUGCACAUAUUUGCUUGCCUUCAACGUCCUGUGUGUAUCGACAAUGAUAGCCAUGGCCGGACAGAUAGAAGCACUGAGUGAGAUGUUUCGACGAGCGCUGGACACGGAUAGUGAAGAGGAGCAGUAUCGUAAUUUAAUUACCUGUUACAAACGCUACGCCGAUAUACUUUUUACGCAAAAAACUCUGAACAAAAUAAUGUCCUCUAUUCUCUUCAUUUACUUGUUGGUGGCCUCUAUAAAUAUGAGCCUCAUACUUUUCAGUUUGGCAAACCUCAAAAAAUCGUCGAAAAUAACGUCAAUAGAGCUUGUACUCUGCUUAAUUGUGGAAUGUUUUUAUUUCUACUGGCAUGGUCAUCAAGUUAUGCAUCAGAGCCAGUGUGUAAGCGCGGCGGUAUACGACUCUGCCUGGGUGGACAAGAGCCCUAGAGUCCGUCGCCUAGUCUACAUCAUGUCCUCGACGGUCAACAGGACACUAGUUUACAACGCUGGCCCUUUCAACGAUGUCAACGUUACCACUUUUAUCCAGAUUUUGAAGGUGACAAUAAGCUUUUACAGAUUAAUGUGUACCACCACGGUUUCCGGAAGCUCGGGAUCAGGAUCUUAAACAUUAUAGGAUAUUUAUCUACAAAAUGUAAAAUCUAUUAAAAACUGUCAGACGGUAUGGAAAGGUCUGAAAAUGUGACAUGUGAGAAAGAUCUGUGCACCUUAUUUUACCGAUUAGAAUAUAUCAAUCUGAAUCUGAAUAUUGAUCUAAAUUACAUACUUACGUAUAUUAAAUAAUAUGUAGAAGUUACUCAUAAUUUUUAAGGUUGAUUUAUUAAUUAUGGUCUGAUGUUGAAAAUAACAGUCAGUUACACCGAUAAAAGUCAUGGCUUCUUUUGCGUUCUACUACCAUGACAUUAGCAGUCUUACCUCCUUUCCUUACCACAGUCCUUACCUACUAUCCUAACCUAAGCUAAGCUAACG